UGUCUGUCUCAUGCUCACUGCUUCACGCGCACUUGUUGAUCGUGAGCCGUACACCACGCCUCACUCUGCUGUAUAAAUCGGCACUCUUCGCAGGCCCAGUGAUAGCCCAUACAAGUCAAGCGAAUGCAGUGACUUAGCGAGGGGAUUUACGAGCAUGGGAACUAGCCCAGGCGGGGGACGCUUAAAAUUGAGAGACUGUUCUUGUCCGAUACAGACCGAACGAAAAGAGCUUCACCGGGACAGUGCACUGUCUCGACAACUGCUGGUUCCCCAUGCCAGGGUAUGCACAGUCCAAACGUCAAGCGAGAUCUUCGACAUGCGGUCAUUACAGGACGGUCGAUGGAAGAAAGUUCAUGGAUGGCGUGCCGUCCACCCCAUCCAUGUCAAGUCUCAACGUUCUCCUCUCCUCUGCCACCAUUGUGUGUAAUCCUUCAGACGUGCUGUCCGCGAAAUCCCUCCGCGCCCUUCAGUAAGGGAGGCUAGAUUAGGGGCGCAUGAUUGUUGAUAGAGCGUCCGGUGUGCGCGGCGAAACGGAACUUUAGGUCCGGUUGGUCAGCUCCAUCUGUGCGUGACCGGCAUCGAGUGACCGUCAUUGAAAGCAUGGUCGUUAGUAGUAAGUCUAGUCUUGUCUGCAGUAGAAUCUGCAUGCUGCAUGUCGUUGAAGUGACACUAGAGCGUCUCUCGGUCGAC